GUGUUUGUCAUGUGAUAUCGACCGAAAGCCAAACUACUCUCAGUUUAAUGAUGGAAUUAACAGCAGACGAAGCAGAGCGUUUGCAAUUUAUUAACACAUUAGUUUUACGAGAUGUAUCCGCAGAGGAAUUAAACAGAAUAUUUACUUUGGAAUCAGACAGUUAUCCGGAUGACGAGGCGGCAAGCUACAAGAUGCUCGUGUACCGCCACACGGAGGCGCCCGACCUGAUGCUGGGCUGCUUUCUGGACGGGGAUCUCCUGGGGUUUAUUUGCGCCACGCGUUACCACGGUAAAAGACUGGCGGCCGAGGCCAUGAGAAUGCACAUUCCCAACGGAGAAAGUGUUUGCAUCCAUUCCGUAGUAGUGAGAAAAGACCAGCGAAGACAGGGUAUAGCAUUGCUCAUGUUACGCAGUUUUGUGGAACGUGUACGGCGGGAACAGCGAGAUGUCGCACGCGUGCUUCUAAUAUGCAAGUCCAACCUUAUCCCGCUGUACACGCGUGCAGGGUUCGUGCUCAAUGGCAGGUCCGAUGUCGUGCACGGAAAGGACCCGUGGUACGAAUUUCAAAUAGACAUCUCCAAUGGAUGACAGCGGUAGCGCCUUCUUAAUUGCUUUCCUAUUGUCGUCAGUCAGUCUUGGCCAGAACUAGUUCAUGCACAUAUUCUUUAU